UCUAAAAAUGAGUUCAUUAAAACGUCUGAUGAAUUGGCUUCAUUGAGACCGAGAAUUUGAGGAGUUUGAGGAUAUGAUCCCAGAAGAGGAAAUGAAGCACUUGAAUGAACUAACAAUUACAACUAUCAAGCAAGGAGUAUUGUUAUUACUGAUCUUUGACCUGUGAUUUCUAUCUUUCCAUGUAAGAGUUGGUUAUAGCUGUAGAUGAUGAAGAAAAAUCCGACUCAAAGCGAUGUAGAUAUGUUCAUAGACAACCUGAUUUUUACUAUAGGAUCUUUGCUUUCUUACGUCCUCCUUUGGUUUUACCCGCGACAUUCAAAGUUUUACCUAUGCCUCAGUUGCCCCAUUGGGUUUUGAAUGCUUGCAAUUUUCUAUAUGACCCAUUUAAAAGGACACCAUAAUUGAUAUGUAGCUUGUUAUUAUUGAUACUGCUUCUUUUGUGCUGCAGUUAUCCCUUCCAAACGGGAUUUAAAUAAUCUCAUCUUCUUCUUUGGCAUCACCUCUUACAUGUAUGGAGCUUAUCAACACUUAGAUGGAGAAAUUGGAACCGAGAUGGUGCUCUCUGGCUUCAUUGCUUUGACAUUUUUCUAUUUUGCAAAUAAUGUUCUUCACUCAAGACUUAAACAUCUCUAUGUCAUCCUUCUUCGAAACAGUGAGCUGAUAAAGGAGAAAAGGGAGGUUGUCCAUGCUUUCCCACAUUCAGUGCUUAUAAUUCCUGAACAAAUCGAUUCGAUUACUGAUUGCUAUUGUAAUAAUGAAUUUCGACCAAAGAUUGCUGACAUAAAUAGCAAAGUAGAAGGCCUCAAGAAAGUAAAUGUCUCUUGAAAUACUCAAUCGGAUGCCCAACACUGAGCAGAAAAUAUUAACCUUUAUGAGUACUUGAUUGAAAGACAAAACCAUCUCACAGAUGAAAACAGAGAUCCCAAAUGAAAAAUCCCUAGCAAACUUAGUCUUCAACUUCCAACUCAGAAGAAGGUUCAUUUCCUUGAUAGAGAUGAUAAAGAAGCAGAUAAUGUUUCUAAAAACUUCAGUAUUAAGUCUCUGAAAACAGAAUGGAAAGGCCAUCCUUCCUUCAUGCAUGUUUUUAUAGAUACUACUGACAUUAUUAAGCUCGAAGAAGCGAAGAACCGGAUAAAGUUGCAGAAAAUUAUGUUUGCAAGUGCUAGUCAUGAGUUCAAGACACCCCUGAAUGUGAUUAUUAACUCGUUCAGGAUCAUAUCGGAAAACUUUGAUGAUCUUCUGGAGACUCUAAAUUCAGCAGUUCAUCAAAGAAUUUUUGAAAAUGAAGACUUCAAAAAGAGUGUUAGUACGAUUUGUAGGUUUACUAAAACUGGAACAACUUCUUCGACUUUGCUGUUAGCGCUGGCUGAGGACAUCCUGAGUCUGUCUAAAAUUGACAAUGGAGCCUUCAUCUCUCAACUAGAAGAUUUUAGUGUCCCGAGUCUAUUGAGAGAGGUUCGCUCUCUCUUUAUAGUUCAAUGUACAAAUAAGAAUAUAAAAUUCGAGAUUGAAUGUGACGAUAUUCUUGAAGAAUGGGAGGCUAACUCCGAUAGAAAUAGAAUCAGGCAGGUCUUACUCAAUCUAGUCUCAAAUUCCCUCAAGUUCACUUUUGGAGGAGCUAUAAUUAUCAAAGCCUCCUUGGCUAGGAGUCUUAAUGGAUCUCAGGUUCUUGAAUUUCGAGUUAAAGAUACUGGAGUAGGAAUUAAAGAAGAAGACCAAGACAAAAUCUUUGAACUGUACGGAAUGGUUGAGGACAAAAACAACCUAAAUCCGAAUGGUUGUGGACUUGGCCUUACGAUAAGCAAGAAGUACAUAGAACUUCUUGGAGGAAAAAUAUGGGUCAAUUCCAUCUAUGGGUCUGGGACUGAGAUGAUAUUCACCAUCCUUCCAACCAAUCGAAAAAUCCUUAGAAGAGAAGGUAGGCCUGAUUCUGAAAGUAAGAAGGCCUCUACAAACUUCUUCGAAGAAUACCAUGGUGAAAGGCUUGGGAUGACUGUUUCAUUGAGGGAUAAAUUCAACUUAUCCAAGAUUUCCCCCUUCUAAAAUUCCAUGUUUAUGAUUUUUCAAUUG